UCCAGUUCUAAACAGAUAUUGUCUGGAGCCGGUGGAUACAAGGCCGAACGAUCGUCCAGCCGAAGGCAAUCGGAACUCGAUCGAUAAGGACUGUAUGAGCUUUCCGGACGAUGAUAGAGCUCUGGUGUUGAGCUUUGACAGUUCUCCAUCGUUACAUCGUCCACGUAAAAUAUUACUCUUUCGGAAAAGGUGCCGGAAGGGCGUCGUAUGCGACUUUCUCUUGCAUUAGACUUCAUAGUUUUAGUUGUUUGUCACUAUCAUUUUUAGCAUCAUUCUUACCUUAGUAAAAAUUCACGAGUAAACUUUCACAGCACUGUCUGGCGCAUCUCUCAAUUUAUCAUUCGCGCUAUAGAAAUUUAUUUUCUAAAGAUGAAUCACGCGUCAACAAAGUAAGAUCAUUGAUACGUUCACUUGCUCACUUUCCAAGAAAUUUCUAACGAGAUUAUUUUUGCUACGUCAAGCUUAAUGCUUUGCCAUCUCGAAAAUGUUGCAAACUUCUGAAAUUCCUUUAGGAUCGUGGGAAAAAAAAAGAAGAGCGCAUAAUAAAUGUUUAAAAAGUUAUUUUUGCCUCGUUGUAAAGGGUGAUUAAAGCCGAUCGACCCGACGACUUUAUGUAGGUUAUUCGGACUAAGCUAGUUCGCAGGGAACACUUGGUGUUCAGUUCGAUCGUUUUUCCCAUGGGACUUUGAAAGAUUUAUUUCGCGUAUUCCUUGAACUUUUUUCUAAUGUAAUCUGCAAGGAAUAUCCUUGAGUUCAAUGCUCGAAAGAAUAUUUUCAUUAAUACCCUCGCUCGUUAGGUUCGUCCGUCGGUAAUUAGAAGUUUUACGAGGAAUCCCUUUCAGAAGAUGCUCUAUAGAAUUCAUUCCUCAGAUUCACACGAUAUUAAUAACACAAAUUAUGAUAUUUAACUAGAAUUCUUUUUUCAACAAAUUUAAUCGUAGCACCUGUUUGCGUCGCAUUUUACGCUUUUACGAUCAAAACCAGCCUGCGAUCAUUAAUUCGAUCUUUAAGCCUGAAAUAUUUACACUUGCUGCUUUCCUUAAACUCCAAGAAGUAGAACAGAGAUGAUUACUAAAAUUAAAUCAUUGCUGUUCGUGAAUUUUCAAGGAUACCUCGGAACGAGAAACUUUCUUGGUUGAUCGAUAACAAGAUCGAUUAUGCGAGCAUUAUGCUUGUAUUUAACGAACUCGACGAUUUGUUAUUCAUGCUCCGUUGUGACGUUCCAGAUAUCUUGUAGCAACAAACUUCCUAUGCAAACAGCCUGAGAGAGCGAGAGAGAGCGAGAGAGAGAGAGAGAGAGAGAGAGAGCAAGAGCGAAUCAGUAAUGGUAACGCAAAGAGUUGAUAAUGGCGAAAAGCGGAAGCAAGAAUGAAGCACUUCCGAAUAACAAGGCUGCCAUUGAGUAGCGCCAGCUGGAAAAGGACUGCGCUUUUCCAAAUGGUAGAAUGAGGAAGAAGAAACGAAAGUAUACAGUAAGAAGAGCUGAAACGUCAAGUCUAGGUGGUAGACGUCACCCUUGAGUAUAUUGCGACGUGUAUUUUUAGCGACUAGGAUCUAGUAGGCCACCGAUCCGCUUUCCAUGUCUCUUUUUCCUCACCUCGACCGCGUUUUCACGUAUGUGUGUGUGCUUGUGUGCGUGUGUGUGUACGUGUGUGUGUAUGCGCGCGCGCGUGUCUGCCCUCGUGGGCCGGUAUAUAAUGCACGAACAGCAUAAUGUGCGCGCGCUCACAUUCUACGUGCACGUCGAUAAAUAUACUUACUUCGCCGAAUGUUUGCGAGAACUCGAGCCGAUAGAUACGAGCGAAAUUACUUCGAUAACCGCAAAAAUUUAGGAAGAGAGCUGAGGAUGCUCUGUGAGAGCUCUCUUAAAAUCUAAUUUUUUCGCGAAUAUUAUCAAUGAAUUUUAUACUUGCGAGAAAGUGAAUAGUAAUUAACAUUCAAAGAAAUGAUUGUUGAGCGGAAAAACAUUCUGAAAGUAAUCCGAUAAUCGAUUUAAGAUCGUACAGGAUGGAUUUAUAGUACGAUUCGAGGAAUUUAAGAAAGAAGGUGGAAUAAUCGAUCGAAUUAGUUAUCGAUCUUUCACGAUGAAAAUCUGAUUGUCCUGUUAAGAGUACAACAGGUGAGCGUAGACGAUGAUAUCGUGAACGGAGGUAUAAUUUCGGAAAUUCAAUUUCCUUGGCACAAGUCGUACGAUUUGCUUUAUUGGCUAGCAUGUUCGAUGUGUGCACGUUCGAUCUGGGAAAUUGGCAGUCCGCUGAGGAAGUCGAAUUUAAUUGAUUCUAUGGAUGGAUAUUGGUGUUUUCGGCAUAAGACGAGAUGUCAGCAAAUUAUAUUAGAGACGGUAAUUCGGUGUAAUUUUAAAAUUCGUGAGAUGAAACAGAAGUUAUAGAUUGUUAAAUUAGUCCUCGUAAAAGCAUCUUUUAUUACCAAGUUCGAGAUUUAAUGAAUAUACAUUGGUUAAAGGCAACACGGUUUUCCAGGAUAUAGUUGGUUCAAGCGAUUUCCUCUAUUUGUGUAGGAAGAAGAAGAAGAAGAAAAAAAAAGGAGGAGAUGUAGAGAGAAAGAGGUGGAUGCUAAUUCGAUCGGAGUUAAAUCGGUUUGACGUAGGUAACUGGCUGCAAAUUUUUCUGUGGUGCACUCAUGGAAGCUCAUGGGAGAAUUUCCAGCUCGUUCUCCGGGAAAAAUGGAAAAUUCUGUCACGGAAAAAAUUACCAUAAAGACUAAAGUGGAAAUACGUUAUUCAAAUAACUUAGCCAGAAUUUAUGACUUUCGGCGUUAACGUUCGUUAAUCGUACGAAUUCUUUAGGUUUUCGUCGUGAAAGAAAGAUGAAGAUUCGCUUAUCCAUUCUUCGCGAAGGAUUUUUUUUCAGAGCUAUACCUUUAAUCAAGCUUCGAGAAAAGGAAAUGUGCUUUAUUCGCUUUAAUAGAUAUCAAAAGAUAAAUUACGGGCAAGCCGAAAUUUCAAAGUGGUUAGCGUGCACCCAUGCUGAUCUCGUCUACGAAGAGACAUUAGAUAUCGAUAAUCGAUAGUACUCGUGUACUUGUUACCAAUAUUAGCAUAUACCAGCUCUCAACGGUAUAAGGACAUUCGCAUAAUAAUGACUACGGUGUUCGGGAAAUGGGGAAAAGCGAAUGACAGGCGUAACAGGUGAUAUGACCGCAUGAAAUGCAGACGGAAGUGCAUCGAUCCAUAUUAUAGUGAACCACAGCCGAUUUUCCAAUUGCAUUCACAUCAGCUGGCCGACUUGGAUCGAAUACGACGACCUCCGACUUCUGCCAUUGGAAAUCUGCUUUUCCUUUAGGAAAUCGAAACGGAGAGAAAGAAUUCGUCGAUGUUUCAUUGAAAAUUAUUACUCUUCGACUUUAACGCUUCGAAACGAUGAAAACUUUUGAACGAGCUAAGACGAAUGCCAUCUGGUAUUUGGUCGCGGGAAAAGUCCUAGGAGCAAGUUCAAACGCGACGAUACGCGAAAGAAAUCGAGGCAAACUUGAUCGAAAUAUUGUAUUUUGAAUUUGAUACGAUGUGACAUAAAGGAAAAUACUUUUUAUGAUCCUUUCCCGAGUAAAGAGAAGAUUGGAAGAUCCCAAUAUGAUCGACACGGGUGUUCUAUUUUCUGCUCGCUUUGGAAAGAUAUAAACAGGUUGUUCUUUUAAUAAACGUACACAUAAAACUGUCUUCUUCAGACUUCUCUUUCGACGAGGGAGAAAACGAGAGAGAAAGAAAAUUCUAUCUUAAUUCGAACUUCUGACCUAUAAUUAGAUUUCUCUCAGCGUAAACACAAUUUCACAUUUCCGAGAAAUAAAUCGCCGUCUCUGUGGAAUCAGUAAUGGAUUGACGAUAACGCGUCCUUCUAUUUUUCAUUCGAUUUCUAAGUUCACUUGAUGAGAGGAAACCAGAUGAAAGAUGAAUUAAACAAGCGGAAUGACUCUUACAUCGUUAACAAGAUCGUAUAGGAGAUGAUUUAGUGCCUUCAAAUUUGUCUCAUUCUAAGAAUAUAAAUGUGGAGUCUACAUGACCCGACGAAUGUAAAGUUUCGUAAAUGAUAAAAAAUAUCGAAAAUUUUAUAGGAAAAGAGAUUAAUUAAAACGUUAAAUUUUCCUUGACCUCCGGUAAAAGAUUCAACGAAAGGAAGCUCUUAGAAAAGAUGAACCACGUAUUUCUACGUUUACAUUUUUAACGAGAACAAGAGACAAUUUUCUUCGAAUUUAUAGUCAAACGAAACGAGCAAUGAGACAAUCUAAUUUUCCAAACGGAAAUGUCAUGGAAUUUCAAGUACAUCUUUUUGUUCAUUAGUUGAAUAAAUUUACCUUUACGAAGUUAACCAGUUAUUUAUACAAUACACUAAUUUUCUUGUUUCUUAAUAUAAUAAAAAAUAAUUCCCGAACAUAUCCAUAUUAUGCAGAUGUCACGAAACCAUUGAUUAAAUUCGAUAACGAAUAUCCUAUUAUUAUUCUCAUUUUUUGUAAUUUAUUGCAAAAAUUCACAAGGAGAAACGGACUCUCAAUGGGUUACAAUGGUUAUAAGGUAGAUGUUUAAAAAGUAGAGAAUGCCAUCGUGAAUCCGGCUAAAUAUCAGAGACCGAUCUAUAUUCGCCUUUUUAAUGGCCUACGUCGAAAUUGAAAAGCGUCGAAGGAAAUCAGAUCUGCCUCCGUCCAUACUUGACCCGAUUCUUAUAAAAGCUUAUAAUCAUUGUUAGCAAGGGAAUGGAGAAUAGAGGCGAGACGUUAUAAUCAAACGUUUUCACCGAACGAGUUCUCUGUCUUAUCCGUGUUAAAUACGAGUUCACUGGCGACGCUGGCCCGCUAACAACGAAAAAGUUUCUCGGAAGUUAAACGCUUUAUAAUCGAAGUUUCCGAGAGUAAACGAAAAGUUGACAAAUUUACGGACCAUGACGCAGUUCAGCCGAGUCAAGCUAUAAAACUGUCUCUCAUUUCCAAUGUCGAUUGUCUUAUGUAGGUACAUCGUCCGCACAAAGGCAAGGAAUAAAAAUUUCGCAGUGCCUUUAAAAUUCUUGAUUAUAUUUAGAAAUGAAGAUAUGCGUGGAUCGAAAGAUCGACGGACACGUUAUGUCGAGGGAAAAUAUAAUGAACCUAGUCGAUAAAAGUUUUCGGACAAAGGAUCGUGUCUUUGUUCUCUCAACAAAUGCGGGAUUGAACUUUUGUAGAAAGUGUAAUCAUUUGUUGUUAGCAAGAACAAUAAAAAAGAUCACUCGUUUGUGUAUAAUCAACGAUCGUGAAUUCCGGAUAAUAACGAUGAGUUUUACACCGGAGAUGAAUCUUCAAGAGUUACCUUGAAUUCAUCGAAGCUUCUCGUUUACUUUUAUCGUCGUUAUUUGAUAGGUUCUUUUAACUCGUAAAAAAAAUGUUAACGAUCCUGACCUGCCUUACUCAACAACUUAUUCCUAUUUUUGCCUCUCGGAUAUCGAGAGUUCCUAUAAUUAGAGAUAUUACGGAAACGUAGUAGACGAACUGCAAAAAGUUUCGACAAUAUUUAUUAUGACUCGAUUCGUCUGCGUAAAUAAAAUCCUCGAUAGGCUAUGUUAUCUUUUCAAAUUGUCUCUAAAGAAAAAAGAGAGAAAAAAAUAAAAAAAAAAAAAAAAAAAAUAAUUCGUUUUGUCCAACAUGACAAUAUUGACACUGAUAUAUAACUUUCGAGAUUUAUUGAUUAGUUUUGAAUAACAAAUAAUAUCUAUAAAAGUUUAUGUAAUUCCAUGGAGAACACCUGUUACAGCAUAAGACAUAUGAACUAUAAUGACCUAGUUGAAAAGCCUCUAAAGAUUAAUGAUCCUAGUUUAGGGGAGUGAAAAUCAAUAGGGACAAUGUGCUACAACGGUGAACGUAGACUCGAAAUAUUAAUGUGAUUAAAGUAUUGAACAAAAAACUGUAAGUCGUUUUUGAAUGUGCAAUAAACUUAAUGAAUAAUUAAAUACAAUCACGGAGCACAUCGUUUUAACGAGAGCAAAGGAAAGUUCGUACGUCGAGAACUACGUUUUACAGAGCAAAUAAAUUAUUUUUACGUUGUGACAGGAAAAAAGCUAAAAAGCACACUGAUCCUCCCAUUAAUAUUUUUUUACGAAAAAUUCACGCUCCUCUAUCCUGCACUCAUUGCAACUGCAUUUAUUUCCCUUGCGUAAUAUUUCAUAUGCACUUUUUCUCAGGCAACGCGAUCAUCGAGCUGCUGCUAGAAAAUGCAUUAUUCCCUCCCACGUUAUUAAUAUUUUAUCUUUGUGAAAAAACGAUCGUCCUCUCAUAUUCCAAACGUUGAAAAAUGUCGACGGGCUAAGGCAAGGUAAUACUUUAUCCGGGUCGACUUUACAUUCUCAAGUUGGUAUUACAAAAUGCAUGCACACUCACAAGAAAAGCUACACGUUUUAUCCGUCGGGUCGAAUUGUUUCUAUUGAAAGAUGAUAAUUCUCAUUGGAGAAAAAAGACUUGAUAAAACAAUAACACGCACUUUAAAGUGAACGUACUAAAGGAUAGAAUAGAAACUGUGUCGAGGAAAUUCACAGAAAUUCUUUUGCUUUAAACGACGAAGAGUUUCGACGUGAUGACACGAGGGAUAUCGAACUCGACACACUUCGUAGACACUUUUCGCACAAGAGAGAGAGAGAGAGAGAGAGAGAGAGAGAGAGAGAGAGAGAGAGAGAGAGGGAAGGAGGGAGGGUGGGAGAGAGACCAGGAGGUGGAAAACGUAGAGACGAGGAAAGCAAGUGGUUGGUUUGAAAAAGCUUCUCGAAGUGAGGAAAGCACAGGAGUGCCGACCUCGAAGCGGUUCUACCACGGAAAUCCGACGGCCGACUGGAGGAUUCGCAGACGUGCGCCUUUAAUUUAGAGGCGUGGAGCGCUCUCAACCACGCUGCAUGUACGCCGUUUGUACCUGCGAUGUGUAUGUGCACAUACUGAGAUCACAAUGUAAAACCACCGAAAUGGUGGCGUGCAUCUACAUGACGUGCGGAAUACUAACGACGAGCCCAACGAAAUUGCCGUCCAUCGUACACGGCUAUCUACCCCCUCGAAGCGUUCCCGUUUCGACGAGUUCUUCAAGGAGCGUUAUUUACGCCAAUCACAAGUACGACGUUGUCGACGAACCUGAAGAAAAUGACGAUCAUCGUCUAGAAGAUAGCUAUUUGCAUUCGGGCUCAAGGCCAACUACGGUGUCUCUUUCUUUUAAGGACGAAAUUCCUAAAACGUUCGAUAAAGCUGAGAAAAUUGUCAGCUCAAUGAAUCAGAAUCGCGGGAGAUUCCCACCGAGGUCAGAAAAGUUUUUUGAUAUAUCGACGAAGAGUUCAAGCUCGAUUGAACGUCAUCUUCUUGCUCCUGUCAGAUCGCGAUACAAAGUAGAGGAGGAAGCAAAGAAAGAAGAAGACUAUGUCGUUAGAGAAAACACAGCUACCGAUUACGAAGGAUCGCCGGCUUAUCUUGGGAAAAAUGUAAAUCCGACAAAGCCCUAUCACGAUUCGCAAGACAUAACAAGCGCCAUCAAGUUUCUGGAUCGUUUCCUAAGCAGGACACUAAACGGCGAUAGCUACAACAACGAGCUACAUCCACCAACCAAUCCUGUUUUGGCUCUGGUCCUGUCUCGAUAUGGACGAUACGUGUCUGGCCCACGAAACCCUCGUCUAUAUUCAUAUAUGGCGGUAAAUAAUAUCCAUAACAAUAGGCCCUUCGGACGGUAUAAGCAAGAAUGCGAGGAAGAACCGAGAUACGUCAGUUCGAGAUAACUCUGAUAUUUUGUCUAGAUAUAGUUUCAUACGAACGAUGUAAUUGAUUUCUUUUUUUUCUUUUUUGUUUUUUC